AUGCUCAUGCUUUCGGCAGCCGUCACCUGGCCUUCGGCCGCGGCGUCGCCCGCCUCUAUCACCUCCUCCACCGGCACGGCGGCGGUGACGACCACAGCCUUGACCAAGGGCGAGUGCAAGGGCUUUGUUCUUGGUCAUCUCGAGGUCAAUGUGGCAACGGAAGAAGGCACCACAUCGCUGGACGUCAAGGUUGGGGCGCUGGCUGUUGAAUGUGCGGGUGAUUGGCAUGUGCAAGAGGACAAGUUCCCGCAUCUCCAUGGCUCGGGCAGCUACGAUCUGGCCAUUGGUGACGGCUCGCGCCUUGACCUUGCUAUGGGCCUUCAUCACAUGUCGGCAAACUUUCCUUCUUCCGUCUCAGUCGAGGACUGCACUGCCGUGGUCGAGCUGGCCAAGGUCGAGUUCCACGGCGGCGUUGUUGCCGACCUCAUGGACUUUGUCAUCAAGUUGCUCCACAAACAGCUCCAGGUCGAGCUUCAGUUCCUCCUCUGCUCCAAGGUUGCGCCUGAUCUGGCGUCGAAAAUGUCGCUUGCGCUCGACCAUGUGGCCGACGAGGUCGGGACUUGCGUCGCCGAGCGCCGCGCCACGCCGCCGCCGCCACUUCCGCCGCCACCGCCCGGCGGGCUCAUCAACCUCCGUACCAACCCGGUUGUUGCCCUCCUUGACUACGUCGUCAACAACGUGUCGACCUCGGUCGGGCUCGACGCCCUCGUGGACGAGCUCACCGACGACGGGUACUACGCCGUCGACCUCAACACCACCCUCGCCGUCGCCCUCCUCGACAACACCCUCAACAUCACUAUCGAGCUCGGCGAGCUUGCGCUCAAUGGGCUCGACACCUGGCAGCAGCUUGACACGCUCCGUCCGGCCUCGUGGUCGCCGUACGUGCUAUCGUCAUCGAUUUCGGCCGACGCUCUGGCCGCGAACAUCUCAUUCUGCGUGGCGGCGAGUGCCACGGCACUCGCCGGCGAUGGCGUCUUUACCGACUGCGGUGUGCUCUCGGGCAGGCUCGCUGGAGCCACGCUCGACAUCUCGACGUACGUCGCGAUUGACGCCGAGUUUCUCAGCUCGCUCGACACCUCGCAGUACCUCUCGCCGGGCAACUUGCUUGCCUCGGUCGACGCUGUCAGUCUUGAGUCGCUCUGGUUCAACGCCUCGUUUGUCGACGUCGUUGUGUAUGGCCUCAAUGGGACGGCCGGCUCGGAGCUCAACACCGCGGCUCUGGAGACGCUCCGGUUCCUCGAGUACGGUUUUGCGGCGUCGCUUCCGGGCACGCUCGACUGCGUGGUCGUCCCGCUCGUCGAGCCCGAGAUCAACCACGCCUUGGCGUCCGAGCUCAAGACGCUCAAGGCGCAGUAUCCACAGUCGGGUCCACAAGAGCAGGAGGAGGCGUUCUCGCAUCUGGCGAUUGUCAUUGCGCUGGCGUUUUUCGUCGUUGCUUCGACCACCUCGCUCGGUUGGCUGGCGUACGUGGGCAAGACGGCCAAGGACGACGACGACCUGCCUCUUGCGCUCGCGCUCGACGUCUCGCCGGUUGUCACCAGCGGGCUUGUUGUCCUCAUUUGGGCUAACCUCGCUUGCGUCAUCAAUGUGAGCGCAGGCACUGUUGCGUUCCUCUUUGCCUUUUUCGACGUCGGCGGCCGCGAGGCCCACCUCCCGUCGCUCUUCUCGUUUACGCUCAAGGGCUCUGUGCAGGACUUUUGGGAUGCCAAGGUCUAUCCGCCAGCCAUCCUCCUUGCCGUCUUCUCGGGAGGGUGGACGUACAUCAAGCACUCGGUGCUUGCCGGCUCACUGCUGCUGCGGCCGUCGUGGUUCCCGCGGCGCGUCCGCCUCCUCGCCCUCCACCUCACCCAGAUGAUGGGGACAUGGAUCCUGGUCUCCAUCUACUCGAUCUACCUCGUCAUGAUCACCCUCCAUGUCAAGCUCAUUGCGCCGCCCGGGGCGCCGUCCGGGCAGACCUUUACCGUCGACGUUGCUGUCGAGCCGACGCCGCUGAUGUACGUCGAAGUCGCCACACUCUGUGCCUGCCUCUUCUUCUCGCACCUUGUCCUCAAGCUUCAUCGCAACGAGGCUCGCCGUCACCAGCUGGUCACCGCCGGCGCGAUCUCGCCGGCCGGUGUUGCCCUCGUCCUCAAUGGCGCCGAGUGCGGCUCGCCGGGCUCGACGCCGCUCGGCUUGGCAAGAGACUCGGCGGUCGGACCUCCGCUCUGGCGCAAGGCCUCGGUCGGGGCCACGGUGUUUGUGGCAGUCACCUCGGUCGUCACGCUCGCCUGCGUCUCCAUUGCUGCUGUUGUCCCGCUGUUCUCGAUUGAGCUCGACGGCGCCAUCGCGUACGUCCUUGGCGUCCUUGAGCAGCCCUCGUCGGAAGAGUACUCACUGUAUGACGUGGGCGAAGCCUUUGUCCGUGCCACGCACAAGUCCAACUUUGGCAUCAUCGUCCUGCAGGUUCUCUACUACAUCGCCUCGCUCGUGCUCCCGCUCGUGGCCACGCUCCUUGCGGUUGUCCUCUGGUUUGUCCCGCUCAGUCUUGCGUGGCAGCGCCGCCUCGCCGUUGCCGUCGAAGUCACCUGCUCGUGGUCCGCCGUCGACGUGGCUGUCAUCUCGCUCGUCGCCGGCCUUGCCCAGCUUCACACCUUUAUCGGCUUUGUCGUCGGCCCGCAGUGCGCCGCCCUCAACCCGAUUCUCAACGAGUACCUCUCCGAGCCGCUCAAGGGCAACACUGUCUGUCUAGCCGCAGACGCCACCCUCAUGCCCGCCUCUUACGUCCUUGUUGCCGGCGCCGUCGCCUUUGUCGCCCUCUCGGUCGUCGUCUUUGUCCACACCCACGCCCACGUCCUCGGCCCUUCCGUCCCGGCCUCUGACGAUGAGCCGUCGUCAUCUGGCUACCAUCGCCUCAACUGA